CUUUAAACCAAUUUGUCUAGCUCAUCAGCUUUUCUCAAGAAAAAUAAUUAGACCCAAUAUGUCUCUUUUCAGUGGUUAUGUUCUGAAUUCAUUUCUGCGGGGCUGAUUGCAGUUUUUACUUUUUAUAUAUCCCCUUGUAGGGUUUAUCAUUCAAUUCGUUCUAGAAUUCAAACCUGUUUCUGUAAUUUGACAUUAUGAAUUCUAAUUAUCUAUCCUUAAAUCAUUGAUCAACCUGUUGCAGAUUCAUUUCUGUAAAAUUUCACUCAGAAGUUUUGCCUAUGUGCAUGUUAUUUAAGUAUGAGAUUUAUGACGACCAGGACUCAAACAAUGCUGGCAGCAGUUCUUUCUUAUUGGACCAUGACUAGAGUAUUCCAUUCACUAUGGAUGACAUUUCCAAGUCAAUGCAACAAAUCGAACUUCCCGAAAUGGAUCCUCCACCUCUUAUUCGCAAAAACUCAAGCUUUUUAUUCUUAUUACAACGCUCAGAAUGAAAUCAAGUGGUUAUACUUGCCUGCCAGCAAUCCCUUCUCUUCUCAAUUGGCAGUACUCUUUGAAGCUUGCGUACUAUUUGUUAAAAUGAUUAGACAUGAGGAUGGGGUGUCUGCUGAUCUUUGCACAAGAGGAAGGGAAUAUGUCGAUCUGCAAGGGACACGAGUCUGUACAGUGUACAUCAAAGGUGGCACUGCGUUUUUCUCUUGAAGCUGGUUUUUGGGACAAAAUUCUUGAAAGUGAGUCAAAGUCUUUCAUUCAAGCAGUAGAGCAGAAGGAGAGAGAUUUGUCUGCUUUAGUAAAGUUGUUGAUGAAGUUAAGCACCUUCUUGAUUUCUUUAGGACAUGGAGAUUGAGCUAUGUACAGAAAGGUUGUAAUGUAGCUGCUUUAAGGUUAGUUACAUUUUCUACUAAAAUGAAAGAGUGAGGGUGUAGUUGGAUGAGACCCCUGCCUUUGUGUGGCAGGUGGUGAAUACUGAUGUAAUAAGAAUAGUUUCUAUG